AAUGUCCCCACGCGCGCGGAUUGGUCAAAAUCAUCUAAUUGCACCAUGAUACGCCAAAUUGCAGUCGUUUGAAUCAUAUUCCACAACGUUUUGAAACCCGUUCAAGAACUCGUCCGAAACAUCUGUUUCAUUUAGGGUCCCCAGGUGAUGUCCAACCAUCCGUCGCCUGUCGCUCUUUGCACAGGCCCGUAGAGAGACCGCAGUUAUUCCACACAAACAACGCGGCAAAUGUGAAUAAAAUCGGCGUCGCGUCGGUGUCUAUUAUGUCUUCAGAGAAACACAUCACUAUACGAAUACAAUCAUCGGAGGGCAACAAACGUAUCUUGUUGCCGCAAUCAGCCACCACAGAAGAGUUGUAUGACCGUGUCCGCUCUAGUUUUCAACUUAACACCCAAGCCUUUCAGUUAUGUCUAGAAAAAGAUGGCAAUUCACAAAUCACAAGAACAGUCUCCAGGACCUUGAAACACUUUGGGCUCCACCAUGGAGAUUUACUAUAUCUUCAGCCCAAAGAUGGUGUUAUCCUUUUUGAGGAAUUAUCCAUAACCAAUAAUCCACCAGCAGCUGUUUCAAUGAAUACUGGAGUUGUAGAGGAUGAGGUGGACGCGCAGUUGGCGAAGAUGGACGGGAAAAUCGAACGGAAGCGUGACGAGAAGCUCUGCCGUCACAACACAAAUGCACGCUGCUUUCAUUGUUCGCCACUGGAACCAUACGACGAGACAUACUUACGCGAACAGAAAAUCAAGCAUCUGUCAUUUCAUAGCUUCCUUCGCAAGAUGACAUCCGGCGCUGAUCAAGGUAAAUUCCUCGCUUUGGAAGAUCUGAAGUGCGGAAUUCGCCCUGGCUGCAAGGAACAUCUACCGUGGCCGAAAGGUAUUUGCUCGAAGUGCCAACCGAAUGCUGUCACACUCAAUCGGCAAGUGUAUCGGCACGUAGACAACGUACAGUUCGAAAAUGCGCGUCUCGUCGAACGCUUUCUAAGCUACUGGCGCUUGACUAGCCAUCAGCGCGUAGGGCUGCUGUAUGGCAAAUACGAAGUGCAUGCCGAUGUGCCUCUUGGCAUCAGAACUGUGGUAUCAGCCAUCUACGAACCACCGCAGGAAAGCACACGCGAUUCGAUACGACUACUGAAAGACGACCGAGAAGAUUUUGUCAAGCAACUUGCGGAUGGACUUGGUUUGCAACCAGUCGGAUGGAUUUUCACCGAUUUGAUCGCCGAGGAUGUUCAGAAAGGCACUGUAAAACAUACACGUCAUGUGGAUACUUAUUUCCUUUCCGCGCAGGAGUGUUACAUGGCUGGGCAUUACCAGACCAUGCAUCCCAAUCCGUGCAAGUACUCUUCCAGCGGAACAUUUGGUUCUAAAUUCGUUACAGUUUGUGUUACCGGUGACAAGACAAAUCAGAUCCAUAUGGAAGGCUACCAGGUGUCAAAUCAAUGCAUGGCGUUGGUACGCGAUGCGUGCUUCAUCCCAACUAAAGAUGCACCCGAAUUGGGCUACAUUAAGGAAUCCAGUGACAAGCAAUAUGUGCCGGACGUCUACUAUAAGGAAAAGGAUAUGUACGGCAACGAAGUCUCACGACUCGCACGUCCGCUGCCCGUGGAAUACCUUCUCUUGGACGUACCUACCUCCACACCGCUAACCCCUCUCAACACUUUCAAUCCCAUGGAGAAAAAGGAACCCUUUCCGGUCGAAAAUCGCCUCAUCGAUGAACACAUCCAGGACUUCAAUGCACUGUCACAAUAUCUUACCCAGUUUCGACCCAAUGAAUUCCUCGCCGCCAUCAGCGACUUCCACCUGCUCUUGUACAUCGGCACCAUGGAUAUGCUACCAAUGCGCGACCAUAUGACGGAAUUGUUGGCCGCCAUCCGCGACAAGGACGCCAAUGCGGCCCAAGAAUGGUCACGCUCAGAGCCGUGGGCCACACUGGAGCAGCUCAUCGCAGCUAGCUCACCUCCAAAUUCAAGGCCCGGCAGUGUGGUUGGCAGCAGCGUGGAAGUCGGGGGUAACGGCCCGCAAUGGACGUGUCCGUUCUGCACAUUUCUCAAUCCAUCGACGACGCAGAACUGCGACAUGUGCAAUUUGCCUCGCACCCAUCCGCACUAGAUAAUUUAGAUAUUACUUUAGCUGGUUUAUUAUUUGUCAAUCACGUUGAAAACUCUUUUCGUUUAUGAUUGCUUUUACAAAUAGUGCAAAUAUGCUUCCUGGACAUCAAAGGUAAACAAUUCACGUCGAAAUGAUUCCAGGCUAAUUGAUUAUUACACAGGUUUAAAUCAUUUUCACGAUUAACAUUUAUUAAUUAAUUAAAUUAAGAUUUUGCGAAGAAACAAUUUUAAAGAAUUUACUUAAAUGAAGCGAAAAGUUUGCAAACACAUAACCAUUAUGGAUUAGUUUUUAAUUUGUACACACACACACACACGAUUACCUAGGAUUGUUUAUAAAUAUUUAGAGUAACAUUAGAGGCGUCAACUAGAUUUUCAUAUUUUAUUCGAUAGGAUGCGUUGAUGCGAGCAAUUGUUUUUGAACUCCAAUAUGCUUAUGCCAUCGCUAAAGCAACACACCUCAAUAAAAAAAAGCAAAAUAACCGUAUCAUGCACAAAUUCCAACAACUUUUAUACAUGCAUUAUUAUUAAACAUAAUGUAGAGCAGCAACUGGAAUUGCUGCCACAAUAAGUGUAUUGGCAGGAAUCGUAUGAAGCGCACGUGAUAGAACGUGUUUAUUCGCAGUGGGGCAGUACUAUUUAGCAGGAAUUAAGUAUGGUGAAUUAUGAAUUAUUAAUUGUCAAUAAAAUAAUACGCUAUUUAAUGGUAAAUCAAA